AUGGCUCUCUACGAAGGAAGUAUAUUUGUAACGAAAGAGAAAGUACAAGAAGUAUUUGAUAAGUUACGAUCACAGGAUUCAAGAAGCAGAUUUUGUUUCGACUGUGGCGCUGAAGAUGCAGCAUGGGUAUCCGUCCCGUUUGCUGUUAUGUUGUGUCUCUCAUGUUCAAAUAUCCACCGUACCAUGGAUGUAGGAAUAACGUAUGUUAAGUCCUCUAUAAUUGAUCAAUGGACGGUAAAUAAUUUGAAAGGAUUCAAAUAUGGAGGCAACCAGAAAGCUUACGACUAUUUCACUCUUCAUAGUGCUGACAAGUUAUUGCAGGCUUCCAUCAAGGAAAAGUAUACCAAUGAAAUCGCUGCUAAGUAUAGACAUCAUAUAGAUAGUCUGGUUAAACGGGAUACCACAGAGCAUCCAUUUGAAAUCAGCGUUGCGACUAAGUCAUUUGCUAACAUGUCAAGCGAAUCACUAAGAAGUGAGGAAAAUAACAAUUAUGGAAGUGGUAAUGAUCUCUUUACUAAAGAUUGGGGAGAGCCCUUGAAAAAAGUAAACGAAGCUCGUACUUUAAACGCUCAUAUUUUACAGGAACCUAAGAGGAAUUCGAUUCUGUCAUCUAAUAGAAAACCGACCGAGAGGAUAUCUUGUUAA